GAGAAGCACAGAGAGGAAGGCAUAGGUACGUGUGCAUGUGAAACUGCUACUUCAGGGUCCUUAACUGUUGAUUUCAAGAGAAAUCCCAUAUACUGUUCGAUGACACGAGGUUUUUCUUUUUUUUAAGAGAAAAUGCAGAUCGGAUCUUUCACUUUGUCCUAUUCUCUGUAAACGCUGGACUUAUUCAGCGCAAGGGCAAUGGCAUCACAGAGGUGUUUUACCCUGCAUCAAUGCAGCAUGCGAGGUGUUUGAUCACACCGUAAAAGUCCAGUCGGAAUACACAUGUAUAUAUCCCACAUGGAUUAAACAUCUCAGAGAUGACUGGCAGGAGAGUGAUGUGAUCCGUGAACUGGAAAACGCGUUUCUUUAUAAUCACACGGAAAUACUGGCAGGACCCGACUCAUUGAUAUUGCAGGCAUACUUUCUGUCCUACUUGUAUACGCGAUAUAAUAUUUCACAGCCUGUGGCUCUGCGACUCCGAUCAAGGAAUGAAGGACACAAAUAACUGAUCAGGAAUUUAUGUCUUAAGAGGAGCGCUACAAUAAUUUCGUUUUGUGAAAGUCGGAUUUCGGCUAAGCUUCCGAUGAGAAAAGACGUUCAGUUGAAUUUAAAUUGGACACACAUCACCCCCGCCUUUAAUUGAAAUAGUUCUGGGAAAUGAAUUAAAUGCAAAAAGGCAUAAUUUGAGUAAAGUGUGUUUAAUUAUGAGCGGAACACCCCGUUUGAUGGCAGUUAGAUGUAGAAACUGUCAGCUCUCGGAGCUCAUCAACAGGUCGAAAGCGUGAAAAGGCAUAGAAAAAUACAAGCGCUCCAGUUCAAGGGAUGCAUCUCUCUGUGCCGUUUUUUCUGUUGUUAUGGGCUCAAGCCCUGACAUUGAAAAACUUGAAUUAUUCUGUUCCCGAGGAACAGGGACCAGGAACCGUAAUAGGAAACAUUGCCAAAGAUGCUCAAAUUGGACCCGGUGAGAGGGGAAAGAAGUCCAACUUUAGGGUGUUGGAGAAUUCAGCCCCUCAUCUUAUUGAUGUGGAUCCCGAAAGCGGACUGCUGUACACCAAACAGAGGAUUGAUCGAGAAACCAUGUGUAGGCGGAACCCCAAGUGCCAGCUCUCUCUGGAAGUGUUUGCCAACGACAAGGAGAUCUGCAUGAUUAAAGUGGAAAUACAGGACAUAAACGACAACUCGCCGAGCUUCCCGUCUGAUCAGAUCGACAUCGACAUUGCCGAGAACGCGGCUCCAGGCACCCGAUUCCCACUGACAAGCGCUCACGACCCAGACUCCGGGGAGAACGGCUUAAAAACAUACCAGAUCACACGGGACGAUUACAACUUGUUUUCUCUGGAUGUGAAAUCGAGAGGAGAUGGCACUAAAUUCCCAGAGUUAGUUAUUCAGAGACCCUUAGACAGGGAGGAGCGGAGUCAUCAUACACUCAUAUUGACAGCAACUGAUGGAGGUGAAUAUCCAAGAUCUGGGACGAUGCAAAUUAAUGUCAAGGUUAUUGACUCCAAUGACAACAGUCCUAUGUUUGAGCAGCCGUCCUACGUGGUAGAGAUUCCUGAAAAUUCACCCCCAGGGAAAGUGUUGAUCGAUUUAAAUGCGACGGACCCAGAUGAAGGUAGCAAUGGGCAGAUAGUCUAUUCUUUCAGUGGUUACGCACCGGACAGAAUCAGGGAGCUGUUUUCCAUUGACCCUAGAACAGGUGUCAUAAAGAUUCAAGGGGAAAUAGACUAUGAGGAGAGUCCAGUUAUAGAGAUUGAUGUACAAGCAAAGGACCUGGGACCAAAUCCAAUACCAGGUCACUGUAAGGUGACUGUUAAGGUUGUUGAUAGGAAUGACAACUGGCCUUCGAUAGGCUUCGUCUCUGUUCGACAGGGAGCAGUCAGUGAGGCUUCCCCACCAGGAACUGUCAUAGCUCUGGUCAGAGUCACAGACGAAGAUUCUGGGAGACACGGGCAGCUCCAGUGCAGAGUGCUUGGGAAUGUGCCCUUCAAGCUGGAGGAAAAUUACGACAAUUUCUACACCGUAGUAACAGAUAGACCUUUAGAUAGGGAGGUGCAGGAUGAGUACAAUGUGACCAUAGUGGCCAGGGACAAUGGAAUCCCCCCCUUAAAUUCGACCAAAUCAUUUACAGUGAAAAUCCUGGAUGAAAAUGACAACGCACCCCGUUUUACCAAAACCGUUUACCUGCUGCAGGUGCCGGAAAAUAACAUCCCGGGUGAGUAUCUAGGUUCAGUUCUAGCUCAUGAUCCUGACCUUGGUCAGAACGGAACUGUGUCCUACUCCAUUCUACCAUCCAACGUUGGCGAUGUGUCCAUCUACACAUACGUGUCUGUCAACCCCACUAAUGGUGCCAUAUACGCUCUAAGGUCGUUUAAUUAUGAGCAGACAAAAUACUUUGAGUUUAAGGUCCUGGCGAAGGAUUCAGGGUCUCCUCACUUGGAGAGCAAUGCCACAGUGAGAGUCAGUGUUCUGGAUGUCAAUGACAAUGCUCCAGUCAUCGUCUUGCCCCUGCUGCAAAAUGACACGGCAGAAAUCCAUGUCCCCAGGAAUGUGGGGGUGGGACAUAUCAUCACCACAGUCAGGGCGGUGGACAAUGACUAUGGGGAAAGCGGUCGCCUAACGUAUGAGAUCUCGGAUGGCAAUGAAAAGAACUUGUUUGAGAUAGAUGCAGUCACUGGGGAGGUAAGGACCAUCCACCCAGUGUGGGAGGAGGUGGCUCCAGUUGUGGAGCUUAUAAUCAAGGUAGUAGAUCAUGGGAAGCCAACCCUUUCUGCUGUGGCCAAACUGAUCAUUAAGACUUACACGGGACCUCUGCCAGAAGGGGAACCUCGAAUCAACGAGGAACAGAAUAACUGGGACAUGUCUUUGCCCCUCAUCGUUACUCUCAGCAUCAUUUCAGUUAUGCUGUUGGCAGCCAUGAUUACCAUCGGCAUCAAGUGUAAGCGGGAAAACAAAGAAAUCAGGACCUACAACUGCAGAAUCGCAGAGUACUCUCACCCUCAGCUGGGCAAGAACAAGAAGAAAAAGAUCAAUAAGAACGACAUCAUGCUGGUUCAGAGUGAGGUGGAGGAGAGGGACGCCAUGAACGUCAUGAACGUGGUCAGCAGCCCCUCCCUCGCCACGUCCCCCGUGUAUUUUGACUACCAGACACGACUGCCGCUCAGCUCCCCCAGGUCAGAGGUCAUGUACCUGAAGCCCACCUCCAGCAACCUGACUGUUCCUCAAGGACACGCUGUGGGGUGUCACAGCAGCUUUACCGGGCCGGCCAACAGCAGCGCGGAGUCUCAGCCCAGCAGGAUGUCCAUAAUCCAGACAGACAAUUUUCCCGCAGAGCCCAAUUACUUGGGCAGCAGGCAGCAGUUUGUUCAAAGCAGCUCUACAUUCAAGGAUCCUGAGCGAGCGAGCCUUAGAGACAGUGGGCAUGGUGACAGUGACCAGGCUGAUAGUGACCAGGACACUAAUAAAGGGUCCUGCUGUGACAUGUCUGCCAAGGACACCCUCAAGAUGAAAGCCACCUCACUUAAGCCCCAACAUCUUGCACAGGAACAUGAAGAGUGUGUUAAUUGCACAGAUGAAUGCAGAGUGCUAGGUCACUCCGAUAGGUGCUGGAUGCCACAGUUCCCAGGGCCGGGAAACCAGGCAGAAGGCGCAGACUACCGUACCAACCUUUUCGUACCAGCCGGGAUGGAGACACUGUUGGAGGCAGAGACCUGCGAGACCAUCAAUCCCAACGGGAAAAAGACAUUCUGCACUUUUGGCAAGGAAAGGCGUGACCACACCAUUCUGGUAGCCAAUGUCAAACCGUACUUAAAAGCCAAGCGUGCUCUCAGCCCCCUCCUGCAGGAGGUCCCGUCAGCAUCAAGCAGCCCCACCAAAAUGUGCACGGCUCCCUGUACGUCCAGCCAAGUUCUCACAGACGGAGGUGAUGCCCAGUCGGGAAGCAGCCAGUAUGGACCCCCGGAUGGACAGUGCGUGUCACCAAAUAAACAGCUGAAGGACUCACCCUAUCUGCCCCCCGACUUCAUGUCCAAGACCCUGCUGGACGUCUCGUCCCGAGUCAGUCAGGACUCGUGCGAGAUGGACUGCGUGUUGGAGCAGUUGGACCGUGGCACCUUUGAGCGGCGCCAGGAUGCUGCCGAUUCGGACCAGGUAGCCCAGGACAUUGACAAGCUCUUGCAGGACUGCCAGGGAGGGAGCAAAGCCACAUCAGUGCAGAAGUGAAGCUUAGGAAACUGCACAGAAACACAGAAAAGGACAAAUGCUGGCAUUUCAAACAGGACAAAGCCAUUUGCAGUUAGAGAUGGUGCUGUCAGACACCGGGGGUUUUUUUGAGUGGUAGAAGAACGGCUUUAUAAUUCACAUCUUAAGUGCCCACCAGCUCUAAACGUUCACCUAAACGGCCCUGACCAUUUCUUCACACGUGGCAGAGGACAUGGAAGAAAGCUUCCACAGAGAUGUCUGCAGAGAUGGGCUCUUAAUUGUGACAAUCGAUGUAAACGCAGAAGCGUUCACCCCCCCACCCCCACCCCCGUGCGGUCUACGUGACCGAGAAACGUGUAUCUUCUCAUAUUUGGUGAUUAUUGAUGUUUGACAAGCAAAAAGUCGUCUUCUGUUCAAGUUUGGUGAGAAAGAAGAAAAGUUACCAUUCUUCAUUCACUAUUAAUAAUUGUCUGUGUAAGCUGUGUUCCCUAUUUAUCUGACACAUAGUACAUUCCAGAUUGGUGAAUAAAUAAAGAAAAGACACACAUUGGUGGUUGUGUAAGCUCCCCAUUCCUCAUGAUCUCCCAAGUAUAGUGAUGUUCACCUGUCUCACCCUCACACUUCCUGUAAAUAAGGGACUUGUUUCCUCUGCUCGGAGAAGAUGUGUAAGGCAUGUGAAAGCCAAAACACUUUUGUUAUUUUGUGGAAGGUACUGUAUAAUCCAGUUAAUAACAAAAAUGUCCAUGUUGCUUGUAAAGAAUUGACAAAAGUUUGCGUGCUGAAGUCUGGUGUUCAUCUGUAAACUUUAGAGGACACAGCUGUAAGGGGAUGGUUCCUUUGCAUUGUCACCACACCCAGUCUCAUCUAAUGUAUACAGUUUAAUGUGUUUACAUCCCAAUAACAUAUACUAUUGAUUUAUUGCAAUUUCUGUGCAUAUGAGCCAAAUUGUCAAGUGUAUAAGAGCUAUAUUGUGUAUUUUAUUAAAUUAAUAUAUCGUUGUGUUGCAAUAUACAUGGGCUUAUAAUGUAUUUGGCAGAUGUUGCCUAAGUAGCCGUCGAACUCUAUGAGUUUAUUUUCCGUUCCUCUGCUCCUCAUUCCACAGGAUUGGGUAGCAGUCCUUCAAGAGCAGAGCCUGGGGUACAUAAACUGCUCAAUCGCACGCGAGCCAACCUUCAGAGAAACAAUAGCCACAUGUGUAAGUCCGCCCCACUAGGCGAAACCAUUCCAAGGCAGCUAAAUACCAUUUUAAAUGUGUUUGUUUUUAAAGGGGAUAACCUGUCAUCUGCAGUUCACCGCAGACCUCUGUAUUACAAGCACCACAUGGGAUCUGCAGUUACAUCGGAGAAGGCAGUCUUAUUUAUUUUCUUCUUUUGAUAUAUAAGGACCAAAAUGGUUCCUUUUGAGCAGUUUAUGUAUUUUGUGUAAGUUCUUUAUCAUGUUAACAGUUACUACACAUUUGAUCCUACCUGUAACCACAACUCCCGGUCUAAUUUUGUAUCUUUUUUCUUUAUUUUGCUAAGCUCUGUUGUAGUACGUGGAGCAGAAUUUGCAUUGCUCAUUAAAAUUGUGUACAACAAA